UUGGAUUCCAAAUUCAUUAGAACCAGUGCCCCAAGAGGAUGUUGAACUUCCCCGUCCUCUUCACAUACACAAAUGGUUGUGUGAGGGAAACCACAAACUAUGUUGUAAAAUUCAGUGAUGACAGCAAUACUUAGUUUGUUAUACAAAGACCAAGAUAUAUCAAGAUCUUAUCAUGGUGAAAUUAAACAAUUUGUGGAAAGGUGUGAUGUACACCAUCUUAUAGUCACUGUGAAGAAAACCGAGGAGAUGAUCUUUGAGAUUACAGUCCAGUUUUUUUCCCAUGAUGUUCCUAUUAUCAAGGUGUACUAUUACAAAUACCUUUGUAUUCACAUGUUCCAAGAUAUAACAGAGCCUGUAUUUCUUGAGAAGGGUGAGACUCUAUGGUGUUAACAGUAAGAUCGGGUAGUUGUUCUGUCAAGCUGUGCUGGAGAAUGUUAUUCGAUAUGGAAUGAAUAUGUGGUUUGGUAACUUUUUACAGUGCAGUUUAAGAAUAAGCUCAAACAGCUUUGAAGAUUGUGAGCAUGAAACAGCAUUCUUAGCUCCAGACCCUGUAAUAACAUAGCUGGGUUAUGGGCAUGAGCCAAAUAAGGUUUCUUCCAGGAUCUCAACACCUCAUAUCUGGAUCUCACCAGGAUCUCAUGGCAUUAGCAUCCUUUCAAUUUCACUCCUAAAGGAACAUAUUUAAUAGAUAAACUAGCUUGUGAGUGAAAAAGUUUCAAACCCUGCGCGUGUAAAAUGUCCAUGUGCAAGUUACAUUCAUGUAUUACUGUAGUUUUAUUUUGUAAAGGUGUUUAUCCCAUUUUGUGUUAUCUCACUAACUCUGAGUUUCUGUAUAAGACUGACACCUAGUGGACAUUUCAGUAUGUUUUCAGAUUUACAGACACACUUGUUUUGCACACGUCUCUCAAACACAGAACCAGGAAACUCAGUUAAAAGAAACUGAAACUGUUCUUCUGUUGAGCUGUUGUUUGUGUCUGUAUUGCUGUAGACAGUGAAAUGGCUGAAGCCAGUGUUUUUUCAGUGGAGCAGUUCAGCUGUCCAGUGUGUCUGGAUCUCCUGAAGGAUCCUGUGGCCAUUCCCUGUGGACACAGUUACUGUAUGAGCUGCAUUACAGACUGCUGGGAUCAAGAGGAUCAGAAGAGAGUCUACAGCUGUCCUCAGUGCAGACAGACCUUCAGUCCAAGACCUGCUUUAGCUAAAAACACCAUGCUGGCUGAAGUGGUGGAGAAACUGAAGAAGACCAAACUAAAAGCUGCUGUUCCUGCUGAAUCUGGAGACGUGGAGUGUGACAUCUGUACUGGAAGAAAACACAAAGCUGUCAAGUCCUGUCUGGUGUGUCUGGAGUCUUACUGUCAAACUCACUUUGAGCGUCAUGAAGAGUUUCGUUCAGGAAAGAGACACAAAGUGACUGAUGCCACUGGACGACUGCAGCAGAUGAUCUGCCAGAAACAUGAGAAGCUUCUGGAGGUUUUCUGUCGUACUGACCAGCAAUGUGUUUGCAUGCUGUGUGCAAUGGAUGAACAUAAAAACCAUGAGACUGUGUCAACUGCAGCAGAAAGGACAGAGAAAGAGAAACACUUGAAGGAGACACAGAGUGAAAUCCAGCAGAGAAUCCAGCAGAGACAGAAAGAUCUUGAGCAGCUGAGAGACGCUGUGGAGUCUCAUAAGCGCUCUGCACAGACAGCAGUGGAGGACAGUGAGAGGAUCUUUACUGAGCUCAUCCGCUCCAUUGAGAGAAGCCGCUCUGAGGUGACACAGCGGAUCAGAGAUCAGGAAAAGACUGCAGUGAGUCGAGCUGAAGGACAAAUGGAGCGACUGGAGCAAGAGAUUGAAGAUCUGAAGAAGAGAAACACUGAGCUGGAGCAGCUUUCACACACAGACGAUCACAUCCAUUUCCUGCAGAGUCUUCAGUCUCUCUCAGCUCCUCCUGAAUCUACAGAAAACAUCUCUGUCAGUUUCCUCUUUUCUUUUGAUGGAGUGAGAGAAUCUGUCCGUCAGCUGAGACUCAAACUGGAGGAUUUCUGCAAAGAGGAGAUGAAAAAGAUAUCUGUCAGUAACAUUGUUCCCAGGAGCAGAGAGGACUUCCUACAAUAUCGUCAUCAGUUCACUCUGGAUCCAAACACUGCACAGAAACAUCUCUGUCUGUCUGAAGGGAACAGAUUGGUGACUUACACUCACACAGCUCAGCCGUAUCCUGAUCAUCCAGACAGAUUUGAUUAUUAUCCUCAGGUGUUGUGUAGAGAGAGUGUGAGUGGACGCUGUUACUGGGAGCUUGAGUGGAGUGGGAGUGAUGUGAAUAUAUCAGUGUCAUAUAAGAGCAUCAGCAGGAAGGGAUCUGGUAAUGAGUGUCUGUUUGGAGCUAAUGAUCAGUCCUGGAGACUGUUCUGCUCUUCCUCUAGCGUCUCAUUCUGGCACGAUAACAAACAGACUAAACUCCCUGUUCCCUCCAGCUGCAGGAGAAUAGGAGUGUAUGUGGAUCACAGAGCAGGAACUCUGUCCUUCUACAGCGUCUCUGACUCAAUGAACCUCAUCCACACAGUCCAGACCACAUUCACUCAGCCGCUAUAUCCUGGGUUUAUGGUUUGGGAUUCAGUCAAACUCUCUGAUCUGACAACAUAAAUACAGACUGAUUCUGUCUAUAUUGUUUGAUUCACAAAAUGUGAGCAGAGGUCUAAUUACAAGCAGUAUCUUUAAUAACACACAGAAACAGUCUCGCCCCUUAAAACAGCUUGUUUUAGAC